AUGAACAUCUUCUUCAUGAAGGACUCGGACAACGUCGUCGCCGAUGCGCUCUCCCGAGUCCAUGAAGUAGACUCUUCCACUUCCACUCUACCCUCCACUGAAGUCGAACAGACUGUCUCUGGCCAUGGAGCCCCAGACGACGCCACACUCUCUGGAGGCCCAGACGACGCCACACUCUCUGGAGCCCCAGACGACGCCACACUCUCUGGAGGCCCAGACGACGCCACACUCUCUGGAGCCCGAGACGACGCCACACUCUCUGGAGGCCCAGACGACGCCACACUCUCUGGAGGCCCAGACGAUGCCAAACUCUCUGGAGGCCCAGACGACGCCACACUCUCUAGAGCCCCAGACGACGCCACACUCACUGGAGCCCCAGACGACGCCACACUCUCUGGAGGCCCAAACGACGCCACACUCACUGGAGGCCCAGACGACGCCACACUCUCUGGAGGCCCAGACGACGCCACACUCUCUAGAGCCCCAGACGACGCCACACUCACUGGAGCCCCAGACGACGCCACACUCUCUGGAGGCCCAGACGACGCCACACUCACUGGAGGCCCAGACGACGCCACACUCACUGGAGGCCCAGACGACGCCACACUCUCUAGAGCCCCAGACGACGCCACACUCUCUAGAGCCCCAGACGACGCCACACUCACUGGAGGCCCAGACGACGCCACACUCUCUGGAGGCCCAGACGACGCCACACUCACUGGAGGCCCAGACGACGCCACACUCACUGGAGCCCCAGACGACGCCACACUCUCUGGAGGCCCAGACGACGCCACACUCUCUGGAGGCCCAGACGACGCCACACUCACUGGAGCCCCAGACGACGCCACACUCACUGGAGGCCCAGACGACGCCACACUCUCUGGAGGCCCAGACGACGCCACACUCACUGGAGGCCCAGACGACGCCACACUCACUGGAGCCCCAGACGACGCCACACUCUCUGGAGGCCCAGACGACGCCACACUCUCUGGAGGCCCAGACGACGCCACACUCACUGGAGCCCCAGACGACGCCACACUCACUGGAGGCCCAGACGACGCCACACUCGGCACCGCCUACACUGGCGGGUGGAGGAGUCUCCUGGGUGGCGGGACAACACUAUACACUUCACAGCUCACGUUUUCUCCUGGCUGGACUACAUGA